AAACGAAAACAGUCACAACUCAAACUUGGACGAAGUAACAAAGUGUGGAAAUCAAAUAAAAUAAAAUUGCAAUAAAAUAAAUUUAAAAAAAAAAAUCAAAACAAAAAUACAAAAUAAAAUUCAAAACAGAGCAAAAAUUGUGAAACAAAAGAGAGAAAAAAAUAAUAAUAAUAAUUAUAGUAAAAAAAUAAAACAAAAGAAAAGAAAAUAAUAUAAAUUACUUAUAUAAAAAUAUACCCACCAUUAUUGGAAAAAUUAACCACAACUCAGUUUUCCGCGGCAAAGUGAAUCAAAAAAGGCAGUUGCAGUGUGAAAAACAGUGGAAUUUGCAACAACAACAACCGUAGCAGUAGCAGUCAAAACAUAGCGAAAGAAUCAUUCAUCCCCUACAACCAAAAAAAUAAAGCCAACAUCUAAAGCAGUAUCGUCAACUCAAGUCCACAAAUUUAAUAAAAACUUGUAUUUUUUGUGAGUGAUUUUAAGUACUUAGUAUUAUAACAACAACGAGUGUGAACCAAAUAUAUAUAUAGUACACAACAGCAACAAAAAGAAUAUUAUCCGCUUAGAAGAAAACCCAAUAUUAUUUUUUUUAUAAAAUUUGUUUGUGUUGUGUUUUUGUGCAAAAAGCAAAAAUAAAAAAUAUUGUCUAUUCGUUCGUUAUACUGGCUACGAUAAAAGAAUUCGAAAAAUUCCAAAAUGAAAUUGAAUCCGGCCUCGGAUCACGUCUACUUCAACGAUGGCUUUAAAUGCUCUUCGAUCAGUAUUAAUACAAAUCUUAAUGAAUCGUCGAAUGCCGAUGUAAAUGGCGCUGAUAGCGGCAAUGGAUCGCAGGGCUCGAAUGAGUUUAUAUUGACGGAUGAUGGCAAAAAGAUCAUACCUCCCACCAAACCAAUGUCAUGUGCCAAAUCUUGGCUCCAAGAGAAAACGCGAAAAACAUUCAAAAAGAAAAAUCUGCACAAGCGAAUACCCAUCUUAAGGUGGCUACCCAAAUAUAAUAGCGAGGAUGCGGUUGGUGAUUUAGUGGCUGGCAUAACAGUUGGCUUAACUGUUAUACCACAGGCCUUGGCCUACUCGGGCAUAGCCGGUUUACCAGCAGCGUACGGUCUCUAUGGUUCCUUUUUGGGUUGUUUUGUCUACAUCUUCCUGGGCAGUUGUAAAGAUGUUCCCGUUGGCCCCUCGGCCAUUGUUGCCCUUCUGACAUUCCAAGUUGCCCAUGGUUCAUGGCAAAAAUCUGUCCUACUCUGCUUAAUGUGUGGCAUUGUUGAAAUGCUAAUGGGUCUAUUUGGUCUUGGAUUUCUAAUAGAUUUUGUCUCUGGCCCCGUUUCGUCGGGUUUCACAUCGGCUGUAUCGCUUAUCAUUUUAACAUCGCAAGUUAAAAAUAUUUUGGGCAUAUCAGCCAAGGGGACAACAUUUGUCGAAAUAUGGACAGAAAUAAUACACAAUAUCAAAGAUAUCAGGGCAUCGGAUACGAUUUUGGGCAUAACAUGCAUUGUCGUCCUGCUGAUCAUGAGGCUGUUGCCAUCCUGUAAAAUUGGCCCCAAAGAACCCCAUUUACGCUCGAAGACCCAGAAUGUCAUAAACAAAAUCAUUUGGAUUGUGGGAACGUCACGUAAUGCCAUUUUGGUUAUAUUAUGUUGUAUUAUGGGUGUUCUUCUGCACUCCUAUCACGAGGGUACCCCAUUCAAAGUGAUUGGCUAUAUACCACAAGGAUUGCCCAGUUUCGCUUUGCCACCUACCCACUUAAGUGUAAACGAAACAUUGACAGGAAAAGAAGAAACUUUCGUUGAUAUGAUGCGUAGCAUGGGCUCGGGAUUAAUUGUGAUACCACUGAUAUCGCUCAUGGAAAACAUUGCCAUAUGCAAGGCUUUCGCCAACGGCAAACCUGUUGAUGCCUCCCAGGAGUUGAUUGCCAUAGGUGCUGCCAAUAUUGCCAAUUCGUUUGUCCAAGGUUUCCCUGGCACAGGAGCCUUAAGUCGCGGUGCUGUCAACAAUGCCAGUGGUGUGAGAACUCCUCUAAGCAAUAUCUAUUCUGGGGCUUUGGUCAUAAUUUCCUUGAUCUUUUUCACACCAUAUUUCUAUUACAUUCCCAAUGCCACAUUGGCUGCCAUUAUCAUUGCAGCUGUGGUAUUUAUGGUGGAGGUUAAGGUUGUCAAACCCAUGUGGAGGGCAAAAAAAAGCGAUUUGCUGCCCGGUUUGGUGACCUUUAUUGCCUGCCUAGUUUUACCCCUGGAAAUGGGCAUUCUAAUUGGCGUCGGUCUAAAUGUCAUAUUCAUACUCUACAGUGCUGCUCGGCCCAAGCUCUCAACGGAAAUCCUAACAACUCCCGGUGGCACAGAAUAUCUUAUGAUCACCCCUGAUCGUUGUAUCAUUUUCCCCUCCGUCGACUAUGUACGGAAUUUGGUGAAUAAACAAUCUCUGCGCAACAAUGUGCCCGUUGUCAUAGAUGCCUCACAUAUUUAUGGUGCUGAUUUUACAGCAGCCACCGUCAUUGAAUCUCUUCUGCGAGAUUUUGCCUCAAGACGUCAAUUAAUAUUCUUUUAUAACUUAAAGCCAAGUAUUUGUGCCCUAUUUGAAAGUUUAUCGCCCACGGAAUUUGUUGUCUACUAUCAGGAACAACAAUUGGAUGAACUGCUCAAGGAAAGAGACUACUCUCAGGAUAAACUGCAAACGGUGGGAGUUUAAGUGAUAAUAGUUUUUAAGGCUGUAGUGUUAAACACUAGAUUAAGUGAAACAAAAGAAAUGAAUUUUCCCCAAAAAACCCAAACAGGUUAUAAUUUUCUCCCCUAAGGCCACCUUUUUUGAAUUAGUUAAAAUAAUCUUCAAUCUCCCUGAAAACUUGUGAUGUAUACAUUUCAAAAAAAUGUCUAUUAGAAAACAAUUAUCCCAGCCAGGAUUUCUUGUAGAACGUUUUGUUUUUCUUCUUUUUGUACACCAAUCAACAAAUUGUUGUUACGAAUUGUAUUGUUUGUAUUAGUGAUUAGUGACUCAGGUUACAACAACAUAAUUAUAAUUUACAUAAUAAUAAUAAUAAUAAUAUUUGUAUGUAUGAUUGUUAUUGUCCGGCUUUAUUUAUACACCGUUGACAAUUCAUUCUGUCCAAGAAGCUAUUUUAGUGAUAUUUUGAAAAAUGAGUUUUUUUCAGUGUCUUUUUUGUGUGUUAAUUUACAUAGAAAAUAUGACUUAAUAAGAAUUUCUGUUUGAUUUUGACCUAUAAAAACAUAUAUAGUAUUAAUUUUAUAAUGUAUAUAAUAAAGAGUAUAAAUUUGUAUAGUUUUUAAGAUCCUAGUUAGUAUUAUUAGUUGUACUGAUGAACGUGAAAAGCUAAAAAAGACAAUAAGUUAAUCUUUUUAAAGGUAGUCUUUAAACGAGCAAAGAAAACAAAAAAUAAACGAAAUAGAACAAUAAAAUAAAUAGAAAUUUUAAUAAUAAAAAAAUAA